CCCCGACUAGAGCCGGCCCGGCCCGCCGAGCGCGGCCCCCGGCCUGCCCUGGCCUCUCCUCCCCCAGGUGAAAGAGGAGGGAUGUCCGCUGCCGCCUCCGCUGAAAUGAUUGAAACCCCCCCUGUCCUCAACUUCGAAGAAAUCGACUACAAAGAGAUCGAAGUGGAAGAGGUUGUUGGAAGAGGAGCCUUUGGUGUGGUCUGCAAGGCAAAAUGGCGAGCUAAGGAUGUAGCCAUUAAACAAAUAGAAAGUGAAUCUGAAAGAAAAGCCUUCAUUGUAGAGCUUCGUCAACUGUCACGAGUAAACCAUCCCAAUAUUGUCAAGUUAUAUGGAGCCUGUCUAAACCCAGUGUGUCUUGUUAUGGAGUAUGCUGAAGGAGGUUCUCUAUACAAUGUGCUGCAUGGUGCUGAACCUCUGCCUCAUUAUACUGCUGCACACGCGAUGAGUUGGUGUUUACAGUGUUCCCAAGGAGUGGCAUAUCUUCACAGUAUGAAACCAAAGGCCCUAAUUCACAGAGACCUGAAACCACCAAAUUUGCUGUUGGUAGCUGGGGGGACAGUUCUAAAAAUCUGUGAUUUUGGUACAGCCUGUGAUAUUCAAACACACAUGACCAACAAUAAGGGAAGUGCUGCUUGGAUGGCACCUGAAGUUUUUGAAGGUAGCAAUUACAGUGAAAAAUGUGAUGUUUUCAGUUGGGGUAUUAUUCUCUGGGAGGUAAUCACCCGUAGGAAACCUUUUGAUGAGAUUGGUGGUCCAGCUUUCCGCAUAAUGUGGGCAGUUCACAAUGGUACUCGACCACCACUGAUCAAAAACUUACCUAAACCAAUUGAGAGUUUAAUGACCCGUUGUUGGUCCAAGGAUCCCUCACAACGACCUUCCAUGGAAGAAAUUGUUAAGAUAAUGACACACUUGAUGCGGUACUUUCCAGGAGCUGAUGAACCUCUGCAGUAUCCUUGCCAGUAUUCAGAUGAAGGGCAAAGCAACUCUGCCACUAGUACAGGUUCAUUUAUGGACAUCACUUCUACAAAUACAAGUAACAAAAGCGAUGCAAACAUGGAACCGAAUGACUUCCAAGGAGCUUCUACCAAUGACACUAUUAAACGUUUAGAAUCAAAAUUGGCACAGCAAAUGAAAAAUACAGCCAAGCAGCCGGGUGAUCCUGGCCGUUUGAGUUUACCACCAUCUCGUGGGAGCAGUGUGGAGAGCUUGUCAGAUGUUCGUGGGCGACCUCAGUCAGCCCUUGUUUCAGGAGAAGCCAAAAGGAUGAGUGCUGACAUGUCCGAAAUGGAAGCAAGAAUACCUUCUACAACAGCCUAUUCCAAGCCUAAACGAGGCCAUCGUAAAACUGCUUCAUUUGGCAACAUUCUGGAUGUCCCUGAGAUCAUCAUACCAGCAGGAAACGGACAGCAGAGGCGCAGAUCCAUUCAAGAUCUUACUGUUGCUGGAACAGAGUCCAGUCAGGAGAGUAGAAACAGCAGUAGAUCAUCUAGUCCUAGUGUGAGAAUGAUCACUACCUCGGGACCAACCUCUGAAAAGCCAACUCGUAAUCCAUGGACACCUGAUGAUGCAGCUGCUCUUGGAGAUAGCGUAGUCUUUGAGGGCAACACCUUAGUUUCUCUACCACGACUACUCUGUGGCAGGUGCUUUUGGGGUAUGGAGACCAAUGGGUCAGAUAACUCCAUCCCAAUGGCGUAUCUUACAUUAGAUCAUCAGUUACAGCCUCUAGCACCAUGCCCGAACUCCAAAGAAUCUAUGGCUGUGUUUGAACAGCACUGCAAAAUGGCACAAGAAUAUAUGAAAGUUCAGACAGAAAUUGCAUUGCUGUUGCAGAGGAAGCAAGAAUUAAUAGCAGAACUGGACCAGGAUGAAAAAGACCAGCAAAAUACAUCCCGUCUGGUACAAGAACAUAAAAAGCUGUUAGAUGAAAAUAAAAGUCUCUCAACUUAUUAUCAGCAAUGCAAAAAACAAUUAGAGGUCAUCAGAAAUCAGCAACAGAAACGGCCAGGCACGUCAUGAUUUCCUGGGACCUUUUGAAUGAAAAAAAAAUAUGCACAGAAAAGACUGAUUUUUUUUUUUAAUUGUUAUUAUUAUCCCUUAUUAUGACAACUCAUGAGUGUUAGCUUCUCGGUGUGAUCUGUAUUUGUCUGCUACACUUAACAUCAUUUAAUUUUUCCUUUUCCUACGGUGGACAUCUGAUUCAACAGGUUAAUGAGAUAAGGUGAGAAAACAGUGACUUGAAUUAACCAACAGCCCUCAAUAUAAAGCAAGAACAGUGGCUGUAUGCAUGCUCCUUGUGUGAAGGCUAGCCUAACAAGUGUUAAAGUGGCUGCUAAAUUGUAAGAUCUUGGUUUUAGUUUUUGGUGUUACCUCGAUAAGAGCAAAACAAAACUUUCCUGUUUAAGAAUGGCUUUGUUCCAGUGUCUCAUCUCAAACAAAUUAAUCAUUAUUAUUUUCAGGACGUAAACAUGCACCAAGCUGCAGAGGUGAUGUUGGCUGACCAGAGUAAUUCAUGAUGCAUUAGUGAUGCCUUUUAUCUGUAGUUGUAGUAUAUUUUUUCCACCUGCAAAAUGGUAGUCAAACUGAUGCCAGCAUCCUUGGUUCAGUGCUUGAUAGCCCUGCAUUUUGACUAAUAUAUUUGUUGUAACCUUGCAUUCAUAAAGUAUUUGAAGUAAAACACUGUAUAUUUUCUUUACUUUCUUGGGGGGAAUGACAUGCAAUUUCAUGUAGUUACUGGGCAGCAGUUAUGAAAGUGGGUAAAAUUGAAUCUUUGUUUAGAAGAAACAAAAAUGUACAAAAAUGUGUUUUAAGCCUUUAAAGUUUUUUUUCUCUGAAGCAUUUUGAAAAUGAAAUUCAGAAAGCAAAUUAACACAAUUUUAAAUACUCCAUACCACUUCACAUGAAUUUCUUUUUCUUUACAACUUAUUUGCUGAACAGCACUUGUCAUAAAUGCAAAUAAGUUUGUUCUGGAUAGGAAGAAAAAGGCUUGGAGAAAUGAAUUUAUUUUAAAUGGCAAAUUAUGAAAUGCAAUUGAGUAUGAAAACUACAGAAACUGUUAAGAAAAUGAGGGAAAAGGCUUAGAUCUCCGUCAGGAGUCUCAGUUAUUCCACUCAUUUGAGUAUAGCUCAAAGGAAGUCCAUCUCAGAAUGCCUGCUGCUGCCUUUGUGAGUGAAGAAUUGCAUUUAAUGAACACAAGCAGGAUAGAUAAUGAUCAGUGUCAUUAUUUAUCAUUAUUACAUGGGAGAAAACAACUACAACUACUUGUUUACAUUGCACAUUUAUUAUUUGGUCUAUGAGUUAAUUUUUAACUGGUACAGAAAUUAGGGAUUUCUAAAGAGAAUAGAAAAUUAGUCCUUACAUGAGCUCUUGGCACACUCAGGUGUCGGCAGGGCUUUAAUAGCAUUAUUUUGCAGUGGGAAAAUAAAAAUUUGAAAUUUAGCUGCUGAGCCCUCGAAAUAUGAGAGGUAAUAUGAACUUCGGUUUAUGUUAAUUUCAGAUUAAUAAUUACUUAUGGGAACCACGAGCAGAACUUAGAAAAAUAUUAAUGGUAGAAAUAUCGCAGUAUUUUCUAUUCCUCUUCCUGCAUACCUGAUAAUAAACAUCAAUACUCUUCUGCUUAUUUGUGAAUAACAAAAAUGACCAACAGUUUACUGAACAGUGUCACUCUGUCUUGAAAAUAAAUCUGCUGUUGGCAAAUUUUUAGGAAUAAGAAACAUGUCCCACUUUUACUUAAAUAAGGGAAGGGCUAUCAUUCCCAAAACCUUAGCAGAUAAUUUGAUUAGUUAGAUGAAACUGAUAUUGGGAUCAACUUAAGGGCACACAUAUUUAUAGUAAAAUGUAAUUGGUGGAGAAAAUAACUGAAGUAUUAGGAAUAGCACAAGUUAUCCAAAGCAUUGCUGUUCACAUACAUCUGUCCAUCUACCAAAAUGGACUCACUCCGUGCUCAACAGCUUGCUUAAUAUGUGCUUAAGCAUCAAGUAGAGCACAUAAAUACUAAUGCUUGACUUGAGAUGCAUGGUAGAUAAUUACACAUACAAAAUCAUUUCCCUGAACAGUUUUUACCUGGUUGCCUCAUCAUAAAAUGAUUUGCUUCAAAUAAAUUGAUACGUUAUACAAAAAGUCGAUUCAUGGCAAAAUUUGAAUAAUGAAAGUGAAAACAGUGCUUCAUGGUACGUAAUACAAAAAUCAGUUCUAAAAGUAGCUUUUGACUUUUUGGAGUUUACAUUAAAAAGAAUCUCAGAUCGUAAAACAAGAGCUGUGCUACCGGCGCACUGUUGAUCUCAGUUCCAUUCAACAGCUGGGUUAUAGCGCUGUUCUUGUAACGUACAAGGGAAACUUGGAGUUUGGCCUUUGGCUUUCAAACUGUCUCUUUCUUAAAUGCACCUUUUUUUCUUUUU